GCGUAGCUUGCUGCUAAGUGAAUGGGCACGACGCUGCGCAGUUGGAGGAGGCUUAAAGAGACCAUGGUAGCAACUUCAGGCUAAAGAGAGGAGCCAAGCGUUAAAGAAAGUGGUGGUCGAAGAGCCAUGGUUUGGACUGCGUUUUGAUAGUUGACAUUUUAAGGUGCUUUUUUUCGACACAACACCGGCAGCGGUCUGGGUAAGGACUGUAGCUGGAAUCUGAACGAAAACAGAAGAUUUUCAGAUAACCAGUUGACAUCAACCAACCUGCAACCUGUUCGGCCGUUUCGCCAGCUUCGCGCCGCCUCCUGUCGUGGCCCUGCAACAUGGAGAGUUUUCAUUGUGUGAAUGAAGGCUGACCGGAAGGAAUGAGGCACUCAAGAAGAUGUCCCCAAGUGAUCUCGUGGCUGCAGUAGCUGCGUUUUGGAGUGCUUUUUCGUGACAAGUGUUUUAUGUGCGUCUGUGGGAACAUCCUCGCGACACCUGCCGUUUUCAUCAGGCAGGGCCAUGCCACUCUGAGACUGGAUUCAAGAAGCCCAUCAGAACGAAGCCCCCUCUACUAAACAAUAAAUACAAAGAAGAAAAGGGAAAAGCUGUUCAUUUGGCACCCAGGACAUUUUAUCUGCACCGUUGGCUCGUUCAAGUGUCCUCUGCACGUUUUAGCAGCAACACCUUUCCUCUGUCCUGUGAGAUUUGCCUCCCUCCCCCUCCCUAAAGCGCGUCCUCCAUUGUUGAUAUCGGAGUUUCUAUGGUUUGCAUGGCUGGAGAAUAACCGUGGAGAAGCCAGGGUAUCACAAGCUUAUGGAUUUUGACAAGAGAGGGGGCAAGGGAGAGACAGAGGAAGGAAAAAAGAUGUCUAAGACAGCAAGCAGCAGGACUGGACAUGGGGGCAGGAGUUCAGGGACCAAUUCUGGAGUUCUUAUGGUUGGCCCAAACUUCCGAGUUGGUAAAAAAAUCGGCUGCGGUAACUUUGGAGAGCUGCGACUGGGGAAAAAUCUCUAUACUAAUGAAUAUGUGGCCAUCAAAUUGGAACCCAUAAAGUCCCGAGCACCACAGCUCCAUUUGGAGUACAGGUUUUACAAACAGUUGGGAAAUUCAGAGGGAAUCCCUCAGGUGUACUACUUCGGUCCUUGUGGGAAAUACAACGCCAUGGUGCUGGAGCUGCUCGGGCCCAGUUUAGAGGACCUGUUUGACUUGUGUGACCGCACCUUCUCCCUCAAGACUGUCCUCAUGAUAGCCAUACAGCUGAUAACACGGAUGGAGUACGUUCACACCAAGAGCCUCAUUUAUAGAGAUGUGAAACCUGAAAACUUUCUUGUUGGGAGGCCUGGAAGCAAGAGGCAGAACACCAUCCACAUCAUUGACUUUGGUUUGGCCAAAGAAUAUAUAGACCCCGAGACCAAAAAACACAUCCCCUACCGGGAGCACAAGAGUCUGACUGGAACGGCACGCUACAUGAGCAUUAACACACACCUGGGAAAAGAGCAAAGCAGAAGGGAUGAUCUGGAGGCGCUGGGUCACAUGUUUAUGUAUUUCCUCAGAGGAAGCCUCCCCUGGCAGGGCCUAAAGGCGGACACUUUGAAAGAGAGAUACCAGAAGAUCGGAGACACCAAGCGAGCGACGCCUAUUGAAGUUCUUUGUGAAAGCUUCCCUGAGAUGGCCACUUACCUGCGCUAUGUGAGGAGGCUGGACUUCUUUGAGAAGCCAGAUUAUGAUUAUUUGAGGAAGCUUUUUACUGAUCUGUUCGACAGGAACGGCUACAUCUUUGACUAUGAGUACGACUGGGUYGGCAAGUCUCUCCCCACACCAAUAGGCCCUAUCCCCAGCGACACACCUCUGCAGCCCAAAGUACAACAGCCGAAAAACCAGUCACCUGAGCCCAAAGGAAGUGAGUCUCAGCCCACUCCCGUGACCAAUAAGGAGACUCUGGGGUCGCACCUCACAGCUGAGCGGCUGGGGGGCUCUGUUCAGGUGAUACCCUCGACGAACGGCGAGCUGAACACGGACGAUCCCACAGCCGGACACUCCAACGCUCCCAUCACUGCUCCCACCGAGGUUGAAGUGGCCGACGAACCCAAGUGCUGUUGUUUCUUCAAGAGGAGAAAGAGGAAAGCUCUCCAGAGGCACAAGUGAAGGAAGAAUCUGGAGAGAACUUGAAACAUUGUGGUCACUGUCGAGUUUUAAAUGAAAGCAACUACACGACCCCUCCUCCCACCCCCACCCCAAAAGGCCCUUCUUUUAUUCCAGCUCCCCCCUUACACCCCUUCAUCCUCUCACCGUCUCCCCCCACCCCGUCACCAUGCCCCGCCCUCUUCGCGCUCUGUCUUUCUCGUUCUCAGCGCUCCCCGGCUGCCGCCGAGUUGAAGGAAUGUCGCAGACCUACUGACUCUACGAGAGACUCCUUGAAUCUUUUAUCGACGAAAAACAAAAAUAACUAAAAGUACCUUGCAUUACAACAGGGAGGGGGUGGGGCRGGGGCCUGAGAUAAAGUAUAAAAGCUGUAACGAUGAAACUCAGAAUGCCUGGGCGUGAACACGGGGGGAAACAAAACGAUGCUGUUUGAAGCAGCCGUGUUCCAGAUUCCAUACAGACCGAGCGUUUGUCCGAACAGCCYGCUGUUCAUCAGGGGAACCCAUUUAAAGUGGAUCGAGUGAAAGGAAUCUGCUCCGUAGGAAAAAAAAAAGUUCAUUUUCUUUUCUCUUUUUUUUUCGGUGUGUUUUGGGAUCAAGGUGAGGUUUGCUGAUGUUGAAUCCGAGAGACGCAGGAAGCAUUUCAUCUAUAAAAACAGAACUUGGAAGAUUUUUUUAUGUACUCCCCCCCCAUUUUUUUUUCUUUUUGAAAGCGAAUCCUCAGUUUUCAAAGUCAAAUCCCUACAUUGAAAACUUCUUUUCAUGUUGUAGUGUUCUGGAGUUCAAUUCUUUUCUCAUUUUGAUUCUUUUUUUUGUUCUUCAACAUGGUGUUUGUAGCACAGUCACUGGCCUCAGGUACUGUGGAAGAGAUGAGAGAAACGGAUAUUUUUAUUGCACUUUUGAGGGGGAAAAUACAUUUACAGUGAGAACUUUAGGUUUAAAAUUAACAGUUAAGCAAACGACUUAAUAAAGACUGAUCUAGGAGUCCUUCAACGCUUAUAUAUCGUUAUGGCUGAAAAAAAAUGUUGAUUUACACGAGAGAAAAAAAGAAAAAAAAAGUUUUGAUUUUUCUUACAUCUAAAUAAUUUACCAAGAAAUCAUAGUUUGUGCCUUUUUUUAAGUAAAAUGUUUAAAAGCUCAAGUGAGUGUCCCGCUAUGACAUUUUAUCUAAUCUGACCCAAAAGCUCAGUGGAUUCUUGUGUGUCUGUGAGGGUGUGUGUGUGUGUGUGUGUGUGCGUGCGAGUGUUUGCUAAUCCACAAGUUGUAAGCAAAUCUGUGAAAUCCACAUCCCUUCUCCUUUACCAUUCUCCCACCUUGGGCUGCUGUGACGGCACACCUACACGGCGGUGACGCUUUAGUCUCGACAGGAGGCUGGGAUGUGUGUGCGUGCGAGUGUUUGCUAAUCCACAAGUUGUAAGCAAAUCUGUGAAAUCCACAUCCCUUCUCCUUUACCAUUCUCCCACCUUGGGCUGCUGUGACGGCACACCUACACGGCGGUGACGCUUUAGUCUCGACAGGAGGCUGGGAUGUGUGUGCGUGCGUAUGCGUGUGUGUUUCCAGCUCAAAGAGAUCUAACACACAAAAGAAAAAAAAAAGCCCAAAUCUGUUAAGUUGUGUGUUAUUUCAUCUGGAUGUCACCAAGAGACGAGAAGUUCAGAGAGAUUUAUUUGUUCGAAGUGUCUCUGAAGUGGCUGAGGUCCUGUUUCUGUUCAAAUAGUAGACGAUUAGUAAACCUAUUUUUAUGCUUCGAGCUCCUUUGUGCUGCAGACAGAUGUAGUUUCAAGCCGUUUAAUGCUUUAUUUUUCUUUUGCCCCUCGGUGUCUACGAGUUUGCACUGUUUCCAGUAACGCUUAAACUCCACCUAAAAGCUCGUCGGCGAUCGAAAGUGACAAAUUGGAGCCCCCCUCCGAGUUAAUUCUGGGAGAUCGUUCCUCCUUAAACAGAUGCGAGAAGAUAAAAUAUCUUUAUUUUUUAAAGACACCACUUCCAGCUCUUUACCAGGUUUAGUUCAAAUCCUUUAACUUUUCUUGUUUCUAAGAGCUUUUUAAUGGACUGAUUAUUGAACAGUAUAAAUCUUAGAGGUAAAACAAGAAUGCACAAAAAGAACCCCCAAAGAAAACUAAAGUGUCCUGUACAAAUAUGGGUCAUAAAAGAUGAGAAAUUAUCUAGACGUGGUAGGAAAACUGAGCAGAAACCGUAAAAACUCUUUUAAGAUCCGGGAGUUUAAUUUCCGAGUUUUGUCUGAUUUGUGUCUCCCUAAGAUCCUGAUUGGAUCCCAUUAAUCCAUAAUCUGUCAAUGAUAAUCCAUUGCUAUAAUUUUGGGUUAACUUAUUGCACAGAACUGACCGGCCUAUAUAGUAUAUAUAUAUAUAUUUUUUUUUCCCAAGUUAGAAAAAGUACAAACUGGUAUAAAUUCAGCUGCAUUACGUUCUGAAUGUUUUAACGAAAUUUAAGAGCUGGUGGCAGUUUUAGUGUAAAUUAGUUUUUUUUUUAUAACGUUUCGCACAAACUCAGUUGUGUCAUAAAACUACAUCAUCCUCAUCUGGCUUUUGCUGACAAGAUUAGCAGCAUUUUUAUUUAAAAUUUUUUUUGUUAAUUAGAAAUUUUUCCGUUCUCGUUUGAACCCAUCUGGUUUUUUAAGUGGGCAGCAAAUUUUUAAUGUUUAUUUUUAUUAUUUUUUUGCUCCUCUAAGCAGGUUUUAGAGGACCAAAGAUCCGAGAAGAAGCGGCCGUGUGCGAGAAGCGCACCGUAACUCGAGUUUCCCCGAAUGCCCUUCAUAGCUACGACUUAGACGAUAUAAGGCGUGUACACUGCGGAGCUUUCUGUUCGUCGCUGUUUAAUACCACGUCUGCAGUCAGACGAGGAUCGUGGAGACAACGCGUUCGAGAGGGGGCGUCCCUGGAUCCAACGCGCCUUUUUAACAGCAGGGAAGCACUCGUUGGGCGCAUCGAACUGUUCCACUGAAAACUGAAUCGGUUCAGCCGAGCAGCAGGGAGACCCGGCUUCAUUACACUGCGUUUAUUAUGUGAUUUCUAACCUUGGGGGGGGAGUGAGUGAGUGAGUUCUGGAGAUGUUCAGACCAGUGUUGAACUGUGCUUCUGCUCUACGUCUCUUGGUGUAACUCUUUGCAACAUGUAUUUGUAAAUAUGACAACGACAGAUCUCUAAUUGUGAAUAAAGGAAGUUUUAUCACAG